AUGCCCGGACCCAAACUGAACACCCUCUCCAUCGACCGACCGUCGUUGCUUACCUUAAAUCCAGACGUGGCGGAAGACUUUGACAAGGCCAUGAUACCCGAUGAACUUUUGGACGAAUUAAAGUCGAAUUCUUCUGCCGAAAAGGUGGCCAUGGUCCACAUUCCCGAUUUUGGAUUUUUGUACGUGGCCACCAAUGGUCAAGUCCAUCAAUUCGAUCCCAAUCUAUUGGAAGUCGUCUCGCAAGACUUUCAAAUACAGACGCAACCGAAGCAUAAGGAUGACAAAGGUUCGGCCGUCGAUAUUGUAUUGGAAUUGGACGAAGCAGGAGUCAUCAAACCUGGCACCAAUGUCUUGUUUCGAUUUGGACCCAAGAGUGCCGAAAGCAUUGCCCAAGCGAAAACAGUGGCCAGUCAAUUGCAAGGAUUGCUUGGUUGUCGAGACAUUCAACUGAUCGAGUAA